UGGGAGUGCUCGCGCCUGCUGAUCAGUCUGCGCCUGUCCGAGCGCCCUGCCCGGCUCGCUCUCCUGGUUUCCUUCCCCGGGCCCCUCCUCGGGCUCCCGGCUCCCGGGCCCGCGGGCCUGCACCUCCCGCUCCUGCCGGCUUCCCCGUCGCCCCUGCUGGCUCCCCCCGCGCCCUCCCGAGCGCCGCGCUCGCUCCUGGAUCGCCCGCCGCGCUGCCGGCUCGGCCGCCCGCCCGCCCGCGCGCCCGCCACUGUGCAGUGGAGUUUGGUGGAAUCUCUGCUGACGUCACGUCACUCCCCACACAGAGUCGGAGCCGAGGGAAGAGAGAGGGAUGAGAGCGAGGGAGGAGAGAGAGAGUGCGAGAGCGAGCGAGAAAGCUGGAGUAGAGCGGAAAGAAACCGCCAGUGACGGCUAGAUUCCGGAGGCCGCUGCGCGCCCUUGGACCCCCCUCGGAACUUGGCACCCUCGGGAGCCCCGCAGUCCUCUCGGCCCGGGCUUCUCGGGCGCCGGCGGUGCAGUCCGCGUCUCGGUUCGCUGGGAAUCUCUCCGGGACGCGGCGGGACGCGCAGACUGCUGCUCUCUCCCGGUAGCGGGUAACGGGGAAUGGAGACCAACUGCCGCAAACUAGUGUCGGCGUGUGUGCAAUUAGAGAAAGAUAAGAGCCAGCAGGGAAAGAAUGAGGACGUGGGAGCCGAAGACCCGUCCAAGAAGAAAAGGCAAAGGCGGCAGCGCACUCACUUUACCAGCCAGCAGCUGCAGGAACUGGAGGCCACUUUCCAGAGGAACCGCUACCCGGACAUGUCCACGCGCGAAGAAAUCGCAGUGUGGACCAACCUAACGGAAGCACGAGUCCGGGUUUGGUUCAAAAAUCGCCGGGCCAAAUGGAGAAAGCGGGAGCGCAACCAGCAGGCCGAGCUGUGCAAGAAUGGCUUUGGGCCGCAGUUCAACGGGCUUAUGCAGCCCUACGACGACAUGUACCCAGGAUAUUCGUACAAUAACUGGGCCGCCAAGGGCCUCACUUCGGCCUCCCUGUCCACCAAGAGCUUCCCUUUCUUCAACUCUAUGAACGUCAACCCCCUGUCGUCGCAGAGCAUGUUCUCCCCGCCCAAUUCCAUCUCGUCCAUGAGCAUGUCGUCCAGUAUGGUGCCCUCAGCAGUGACCGGCGUCCCGGGCUCCAGCCUCAACAGCCUGAAUAACUUGAACAACUUGAGCAGCCCUUCGCUGAAUUCCGCGGUGCCAACGCCCGCCUGCCCUUACGCGCCGCCGACUCCUCCGUACGUUUAUAGGGACACGUGUAACUCGAGCCUGGCCAGCCUGAGACUGAAAGCAAAGCAGCACUCCAGCUUCGGCUACGCCAGCGUGCAGAACCCGGCAUCCAACCUGAGUGCUUGCCAGUACGCCGUGGACCGGCCUGUGUGAGCCGCGCCCCACUGCACGGGGAUCCUAGGACCGUGGAUGGGGCAGUUCUGCCCUUGAAAGACUGGGAAUUAUGCUAGAAGGUCGCGGACACUAAAGAAAGAAAGGGAGAGAGAGAGAAGAUAUAGGGAGAAAAGGAAACCACUGAAUUAAAGAGAGCUCCUUUGAUUUCAAAGGAAUUUUCUCAACGUCUGACAUCUUUCUCUAAAAGUAUUUCCAACAGUUUGGAGGACACACAAAUGUUUGACUGGAUAUGACAUUUUAACAUUACUAUAAGCUUGUUAUUUUUUAAGUUUAGCAUUGUUAACAUUAAAAUGACUGAAAGGAUGUAUAUAUAUCGAAAUGUCAAAUUAAUUUUAUAAAAAGCAGUUGUUAGUAAUAUCACAACAGUGUUUUUAAAGGUUAGGCUUUAAAAUAAAGCAUGUUAUACAGAAGCGAUUAGGAUUUUUCGCUUGCGAGCAAAGGAAUGUAUAUACUAAAUGCCACACUGUAUGUUUCUAACAUAUUAUUAUUAUAAAAAAAAGUGUGAAUAUCAGUUUUAGAAUAGUUUCUCUGGUGGAUGCAAUGAUGUUUCUGAAACUGCUAUGUACAACCUACCCUGUGUAUAACAUUUCGUACAAUAUUAUUGUUUUACUUUUCAGCAAAUAUGAAAAAAAUGUGUUUUAUUUCAUGGGAGUAAAAUAUACUGCAUACAAAUUGG